AUGAUAAAGAUUGUCACAGAAGCUCCUAGAUUGGCACAGAGGUCGUCUAAGUUUCAUGUUGUUAGGACUUCACUAAGGUUUCGAUCAGGAAUACCUGAAUAUAAAGAUGCAUCCUAUGCAACUAAUAAGAAGAUUAAUGAUGUAGCAACUAACAGGAGCAAAUUGAUAAUAGAAAAAUUUAGCAAACUUAGAGAUAAAUACGACUCCCCAAGAUAUCCGAUUGUUUUAUGUCAUGGGUUUUCUGGAUUUGAUAAACUUACAUUUUUUUCAGAACCCAAAAUGAUGCAAUCUGCAACACAGGAUUUGAACCAGGAUGUCAAAAGAACGAUUAAUAAUGGAUUAAUAGAACUAGACUAUUGGUAUGGGAUUAAGGAUGCCUUGCAAAAGUUUGGAUGUACUGUUAUGAUUGGAAAAGUUCCCCCAUUUGCUUCAAUUGAAGAUAGAGCUUCGAGUUUAAAUGAUUUUAUAAACCGCCGCUUUAAAGAACUCCGAAAAAACUAUAAAGCAGCUAGCAUUUAUCCAUCCGGGAAAGAUGAAUCUGCAGAUAAUGGGAAAGGUUCAUCAGAAAAAGGCAAGGCAAUCAAAGUCAACUUGAUAAGUCAUUCAAUGGGUGGGUUGGAUAGUAGAUAUUUAAUUUCGAAACUAAAGCAGCGAGAUUAUGAAGUAGUUUCUUUAACUACAAUUUCGACUCCACACCACGGAUCUGAGUGUGCCGAUUUCUUUAUGGAUCAUUUCAAAAACAGCACUGCUAUGCAAAAGCUCUUUCCCUCGGUAAAGGAGCUUACUACUCAGAACCUAGUCAAAUUCAACGAAGAAAUUCAAAAUGAUCCUUCCGUGUCUUAUUUUUCUUAUGGAGCAAGAUUCACUCCGAAAUGGUAUAAUCUCUUUAACGUUACUUGGCGCAUCAUUAGACGGAGUAUAGAGCUAAGAAAUAAAAGAGAGCAUACACAUAUAUCGACAGAUAAUGAUGGCAUGGUAAGCGUCGAAAGUGCAAAAUGGGGUGAGUAUUUAGGUACUUUGGAUCAGGUUGAUCAUUUAGAUCUAAUAAAUUGGACUAAUCGAGCAAGAUUAGCUUUCGAUAAGGUUGUAUUUCAAGAAAACCCAAAAUUCAAUGCUAUAGCAUUAUAUUCAAGUAUUGCUGAUAGCUUAGCCAAAAAAGGCUUUUAA